CAACCUAUCUCUAACCCCGCCUCACCUCACCCCACUCUGCCUCCAAAUCCUCCUCGUCCCCUCCACCUUAUCCUCUCGACUCCUCAGCACCAGCUCCCAGCUCCCCUUCCGGCCUCCAACCGAAUGUCCUCCGCCAAUGCCAUCUUCACCGCUUCCCUCCUCCGCCCCCUCUCUCAGCAGGGCAGGACGAGGAGGGUCAGGAGCAGCCGGACCCAGCGGUUGGUGGUGCGUGCGGAUGCGAAGGACAUCGCCUUCGGCCAGAAGUCCCGGACGGCGCUUCAGGCCGGAGUCGAGAAGCUUGCCAACGCCGUUGGUGUCACCCUCGGACCCCGAGGGAGGAAUGUAGUGCUGGAUGAGGAUGGUGCCCCCAAAGUUGUAAAUGAUGGAGUCACUAUUGCCCGGGCUAUUGAGCUGUAUGAUCCAAUGGAAAAUGCUGGUGCAGCACUGAUUCGUGAGGUUGCUAGCAAGACAAAUGACUCUGCUGGUGAUGGAACAACAACUGCUUCUGUCCUUGCUCGAGAAAUCAUCAAGCUGGGCCUUUUGAGUGUAACUUCUGGUGCAAACCCUGUAUCACUUAAGAAAGGAAUAGACAAAGCUGUGCAGGGUUUAAUUGAGGAGCUGGGGAACAAGGCUAGACCAGUCAAGGGCAGUGCUGAUAUCAAAGCUGUUGCCUCUAUCUCUGCUGGCAAUGAUGAGUUGAUUGGAUCCAUGAUUGCCGAUGCUAUUGAUAAAGUGGGCCCAGAUGGUGUCCUUUCAAUCGAGUCUUCAUCAUCGUUCGAGACAACCGUUGACGUUGAAGAAGGAAUGGAGAUUGACCGUGGGUACAUAUCCCCACAAUUUGUAACAAACCUUGAGAAAUCGAUUGUGGAGUUUGAGAAUGCUAAGGUUCUUAUUACUGAUCAGAAGAUCACAAGCAUAAAGGAAAUUAUUCCACUUUUAGAGAAGACCACACAGCUAAGAGCCCCGCUGUUCAUUAUUGCUGAGGACAUUACCGGUGAAGCUUUGGCAACUCUUGUAGUAAACAAGCUUCGGGGAAUUCUUAAUGUUGCAGCGAUAAAAGCCCCAAGCUUUGGUGAGCGGCGGAAGGCUGUCCUUCAGGAUAUUGCCAUUGUUACAGGGGCUGAAUUCCUAGCAAAAGAUCUUGGUUUGUUGGUUGAGAAUGCUACAGUAGAGCAACUUGGGACAGCAAGGAAAGUCACAAUACAUCAGACUACAACAACCCUCAUAGCAGAUGCUGCUAGCAAAGAUGAGAUCCAGGCGAGGGUUGCACAGCUAAAGAAGGAGCUUUCUGAAACUGAUUCGAUAUAUGAUUCCGAGAAAUUGGCUGAGAGAAUUGCAAAGCUUUCUGGUGGUGUUGCUGUUAUCAAGGUUGGAGCUGCAACUGAGACUGAGCUUGAGGACCGCCAGCUACGAAUUGAGGAUGCAAAGAAUGCCACUUUUGCAGCUAUUGAGGAGGGCAUUGUUCCUGGAGGUGGUGCAGCAUAUGUGCACCUGUCUACUAUUGUCCCUGCCAUCAAAGAAAAAAUUGAAGAUCCUGAUGAGCGCCUUGGUGCUGACAUUAUUCAAAAGGCAUUGGUAGCACCUGCUUCACUGAUUGCACACAAUGCUGGAGUGGAAGGAGAAGUGGUUGUUGAGAAGAUCACGGAUAGUGAGUGGGAAGUCGGCUACAAUGCAAUGACAGACAAGUACGAGAACCUGAUAGAGGCUGGUGUGAUCGACCCUGCUAAAGUGACUAGGUGUGCACUCCAGAAUGCUGCGUCAGUGGCUGGAAUGGUCCUAACCACACAGGCAAUUGUUGUUGAGAAGCCGAAGCCGAGGCCUCAGGUGGCCGAGCCAGCGGAGGGAACCCUUACUGUGUAAAUUUUAACAUUCUUGGGGGCCUCUGUUUAGAUGGUUCAGAUCAAUUGAAAGGGUAGAACUUUGGUUUUGAGAUUUUUGGUGCAGAUCAACUGAAAGGUGUAGAGUAGGAUUGUCAUUUUGCGGAUGAAGGGUAAUUUUGCCUGGUCUGAACUCAAGUGGAACAAAGAAAGUUUCAUCAUCAUUUUUGAAAUAAAUUCAUGGUGAUGUUUAUUCGGCA